AUGGAGCUUGACGGCGCACUGGGCGCUGCUCUUGCCCACGGCUGGAGCGUGUGGACACAGGGCCGUACCUCGUGCACAGCCUGCCAGCUCAAGCAGAGUGAUAUGGUCAAGGCAUGGUUGCCGGGUCCGGUGGUGGUCGAGGAUGGUGAGAUCAAGGUGCCUGUGGCGUCGCCGGCCCUGCUCUGCGGCUUGUGUCAGGUGCUGGCGAGCUUGGACAAGACGGUGGCGGUGCUGGCGGGUGAUGAUGUCGACGAGGCCAAGAAGCUUGCAGCACAUUUUGCGCUAGUGGCGGGCGUGCCCAAUGCUGACGCCGAGACCGUGGCGGCGUCGGGCGGCAACGAGAUGAUCGCCACUGUGGCGCGGCUGCAGCAGGCGGUGGACAUGGCGUACGCUGCGCGGACUGCAUUGCACAGCUGCGUCCGUGACGGUCUGCUGGCGCCGCCGGUCUGGACCGCGCUCGACAAGAACGUCGCCGACCUCAACGCCAGCGACGUUCUGCCGGCCCUCUUCGGCAUCCGCCAGGCCCCGUCCAAGCACGAUAACGAGCCGGCAACCAAGCGGGCCAAGCGCAGCAGCGGCAAGGGCAAGGGCAAGGGCAAGGGCUCGAGCAAGAAGGGAAAGAGCAAGAAGGGCAAGGCCAAGGCCUGAAGAUCAAGUGCGGCGCAGUACAUCGGUUGCUUGUUUUAGCGGCGAGGACAUUGCCAGUUCCUUGUGCUCAGCACCACGUCAUGCGCUCUCCCGCAUCCAGGCUACAAACUCGUCAAAGAGGACCGGCCAGGCCGAGUCGGCCGAGUAGACGUCGUCGAUCGAGGCUGCAGUGGAGAGGAGCUCGUAAAAGUCGACAAAGAGCG